AUGGACUCACUCUCAACUCUUGUAAUCAAAGAUAUAUUCAAAUACAUCAUAGAUAGAAAGAUGGAUGUACUUUAUCUUGGACUUACUUCAAAACGGUUCUUUACCCUAAUGUGUCAGAUAACACCAAAUCUCAUAGUCAAUGGUUCCAUCUUGAGCAACUACAACAAUAACAACAACAUUGAUACUCUCACACCAGGUUCACUCCCAUCUUCUCUCACAUCAUUGUCAUUCAGUCACUCAUUCGACCAAUCAAUCAGUGUUGGUGGCCUUCCCAACACGCUCACCUACCUCCACCUUGGUGCCAGUUUCAAUCAAAGAAUCAACAACAACAUACUUCCAUCGUCAAUCGCCACACUUCACUUUGGUUCAAAGUUUGAUCAGAUCAUCAUGCCUGGAGAUCUCCCAUCAUCACUUCAAACAUUGACAUUGUCACAGCUCUCCAAUCCUCCAAUCACGCCUGGCAUCCUUCCACCAACACUCACAUCAUUGUGUUUUGGAUACUAUUUCAACCAACCAUUGGAGGUUGGCUUGUUGCAAGAUUCACUGACAUCAUUGGAGCUCGGACAUAGUUUCAAUCAUCCCAUCCUACCAGGUGCAUUGCCAGCAUCUCUAAAUGUACUGACUUGGGAGAAGUACUCUCAAUUCAAACAACCUCUCGCUCCCGGAUCACUACCAGACUCUCUGACUAGGAUAGUGUUUGGUGAUUUUUACGACAUUCGCAUCCCAGUUGGAACGUUUCCAUCUUCAGGUAGCCUAACCUCUGUGACGUUUGGAUCAUAUUUCAAUCGUGAUUUGGAUCAACCUGGUCAAUUGCAAGACUCUAUAAGGACGCUGAAUCUGGGUCAAUUGGUAAUAUACAGGCCUCAAUCAAUCAAGUUCCCUCCCGAGCUUACAUCACUGAGCAUGCCUUGGAAUUGCAACACCAACAUCAUCGAAUUCAACAAAGACCACAGUCCAUUGCCUCCAUCGCUUCGAUCACUUGCUAUUUAUUACCCAGCCACGAUUAGGAAUCUCAAA